AUGGUGAAGGAACAAAUCAAAAUGAUCUUGGGACAUUUGAAUGGCAUUUCAAAUGCGUUAGUCGCAGUAAUAAUUUCGCGUCGGCACAAGUUACGAAUUUGUCGAAAGAUCAAUCCGAGAAAGUAUAAAUCAUUUAUUGUACCAAGAGUCUGUCGAAGCAUCUUCUUGUACUGCUGA